AUGGGAUUGCAGAGCGCCGCAUUGGCAUGGCGUGCUGCUGGUGCUGGAGGUUCUUCGGCUGCAGAAGGUGCUGCUGCCGCGCGUCCCGCAGGUGCUCGUGCUGUGGGUGCUGGAGCUGCUGGGCCUGAGGGUUCUCCUGGAGCUGGUGCUGCUGAGGGUGUUGGCGCUGUGACUACUGCUGGCGGUCCGACUGGCAGUGCUCCUGGUGCUGCUGGAGGUGCUGCUGGAGGUGCUGCUGGAGCGGGUACUCCUCCUGGGGGUACUGGUGCUGUCCCUGCUGUUUCUGGCGUCGCCUCGCGGCCCCGACCGUACUUCGUUCCGCUCCUGCAGCAGGUUCUUGGUCUUACACCUUCUCCUGGUCCUCCUCCGCCUCUCUUAGAGGGUCCACAGCCUGUCCCGUCCCAGUCACAGCUACAGCCUGCCUCCCCUUUGCCUGCUCCUUCUCCCUACGCUGGUCCGACUGGAGGUCUUACUGAGCGUCGUGAGCCUGCGUCUCGUCCUGCGUCGCCUGUUUGUCCUGCACGCACUGGUGGUCGCGGUUCGCGUCAGCGUCCUUCUCCUGUCCCUGGCACGCACAGGAUGUCUCUGCGUCCGUCCACUGCUCCUCUGCGUGCCCCUUUGCCUUCUCCUCCUGAGUCCUCUCUUCCUGCUCUUGCCGACCCGGAGUCGGACUCUCUUCGUGCUGCCAGUCGCACUGUCACGUGUCUCCUUGCUACUGCUGUCACUGACCCUUCCUUCGAGUCUUCUGCUGCGUCUGCCCUUGUCACUGAGCUUCUGGCCUAG